AUGACUUGUCCAUGCCCAGGGCUACGAAUUUCUCCACGAAGAGCAUUAAAACAUAAAUGUUUUUCAAAAUAUUUCCCAAGAAAAAAACCAUUUAAUCAGUCUAUAAGCAUGUUUGAGUGCAAAAGCUCAAGAAAAGACUUAAUAACUCUUUCAGCAUCUUUGGAGAUUUUGCAAGCUAAAACUAUUGUCCUAAAAACAAAUUUUAUGCCCAUGAAGAAAGUUGAUGAACUAAGAAGAAAACUUAUGAAAUUAAUAUAA